UAGAAAACAGGAGUCUCUGAGCAACAAUACUCCUUUUGUUUUCCUCUCCACGGCCAUCAUAUGACCCGACGUUCUUGGGCAAAGGGCCGGAUUGAUGUGUUUCUUUGGAAAGCUUUUGUGAAAUUGAUCUGUUUUGAUUGCGUUCACUCUCUCGGCUUUCGCCGCUCGCGCAGGCCUCCCGCGGUUCUCCGUUGUUCACUGCUGUUCCGAAGCCUGAGAUGAAAGUGUUAUAAUUCCAGGCAGACUCGAACUGAGGGACCACAUUAGGCACAUAUUCGCGGUUUGGCGCUGUUCAUGUUCUGCAGAAAGUGAAUGGCCUCAUUCUGAGCCGGCCUCUUGGGAAUUUCUCAUAGGAGAACUACAUCUUUUUUCCUUUUUUUCCCUCUUCCACGUUGUUCCUAGUGUUUUGGAGGCUCAGUGGAAGUCUCACCAAAAGCUGUAAUCAUGCUUGCUGAGUGUCAACCCCAGAGUGAAGAUGAGACCAUGGUUCCUGUACUAACGUCAAAAAAAGCCAGUGAACUACCUGUGAACGAAGUCGCGUGUGCACUGCAGGCCGACCUGCAGUUUGGCCUUUCUCACGACGAGGUGAGCCGUCGCCGUGCCUACCAUGGCUGGAACGAGUUUGACAUCAGCGAGGACGAGCCGCUCUGGAAGAAGUACAUCUCUCAGUUUAAAGAUCCUCUCAUCAUGCUGCUGCUGGCGUCUGCUGUCAUUAGCGUGCUGAUGCAUCAGUUUGAUGAUGCCGUCAGUAUCACUGUGGCCAUUAUUAUUGUCGUCACCGUGGCCUUCGUGCAGGAAUAUCGCUCAGAGAAGUCUCUGGAGGAGCUGGGGAAGCUGGUGCCUCCAGAAUGCCACUGCAUACGGGAGGGUCAGCUGGAGCACAUGCUGGCGCGCGAGCUCGUUCCUGGAGAUACAGUCUGUCUGUCUGUAGGAGAGAGAGUCCCUGCUGACCUGCGCCUGUUUGAGGCGGUAGAUCUGAGCCUUGAUGAGUCCAGUCUUACAGGAGAAACCACACCAUGCUCCAAAACAUCUGCCCCUCAGCCACCUGGCAGCAACGGUGACCUCACCUCCCGUAGCAACAUCGCCUUCAUGGGUACUCUGGUGCGCUGUGGGAAAGCCAAGGGUAUCGUCAUUGGAACUGGAGAGAACUCUGAAUUUGGCGAGGUCUUCAAGAUGAUGCAAGCCGAGGAGGCUCCUAAAACCCCCUUACAGAAAAGCAUGGACCUGCUGGGGAAGCAACUCUCCCUCUACUCCUUUGGCAUCAUAGGGGUGAUCAUGAUGGUGGGCUGGCUCCAGGGUAAACACAUCCUGGACAUGUUCACAAUAGGAGUCAGCCUUGCUGUAGCUGCUAUCCCGGAGGGUUUGCCCAUCGUGGUGACGGUGACGCUGGCCCUGGGUGUGAUGAGGAUGGUGAAGAAGAGAGCCAUCGUGAAGAAGCUUCCCAUCGUGGAGACUCUGGGCUGCUGCAAUGUGAUCUGCUCUGAUAAGACGGGAACCCUGACAAAGAACGAAAUGACUGUCACUCAUAUCUUUACCUCGGAUGGACAGCACGCAGAGGUGACCGGUGUGGGCUAUAACAGCGCCGGAGAGGUUUUGCUGGACGGUGAGGUGGUGCACGGCUUUUCCAACACGUGCAUUAGCAAGAUCGUGGAGGCUGGCUGUGUGUGUAACGAUGCUGUGAUCAGGAACUGUACGCUGAUGGGACGACCAACAGAGGGCGCUCUCAUCGCCCUGGCCAUGAAGAUGGGUCUGGAGAGCUUGCAGCAGGAGUUUGUGAGGUUGGAAGAGAUUCCUUUCUCCUCUGAGCAGAAGUGGAUGGCUGUUCGCUGCGUCCACCGCACUCAGCAGGACAAGCCUGCGGUGUUCUUUGUGAAAGGAGCUUUCGAGCAGGUCAUCCGCUUCUGCACUACCUACCACAGUAAAGGAGUCGCACUUCCACUGACCAACCAGCAGAGGGAGCUGUACCAGCAGCAGAAAAGCUACAUGGGCACAGCCGGACUCAGAGUCCUAGCGUUCGCCUCUGGGGGAGAGAUGGGCGCUCUCACAUUCCUGGGCCUGGUGGGCAUCAUUGACCCUCCGAGAGCGGGGGUGAAGGACGCCGUGGCGACACUUAUCAGCUCUGGGGUGGCGGUCAAGAUGAUCACCGGCGAUUCCCAGGAGACAGCCGUGGCCAUCGCGAGUCGUCUGGGUCUGUACACUAAAGGAUCUCAGUGUUUGUCUGGCGAGGAGGUGGAUCUGAUGGACAUCCAGCAGCUCUCACAGAUCGUAUCGAGGAUUGUGGUGUUCUAUCGAGCCAGCCCCCGACACAAACUGAAAAUAGUCAAGUCCCUGCAGAAUAUCGGGGCUGUGGUUGCCAUGACGGGUGAUGGAGUGAACGAUGCUGUAGCGCUGAAGGCGGCGGAUAUCGGCGUGGCGAUGGGGCAGACGGGCACGGACGUGUGCAAGGAAGCCGCUGAUAUGAUCCUGGUGGACGACGACUUUCAGACCAUCAUGUCGGCCAUAGAGGAGGGCAAAGGCAUUUACAACAACAUUAAGAACUUUGUCCGUUUUCAGCUCAGCACGAGCAUAGCUGCCCUCACGCUCAUCUCUCUGGCGACACUCAUGAACUUCCCGAACCCACUGAACGCUAUGCAGAUCCUCUGGAUCAACAUCAUCAUGGACGGACCACCUGCUCAGAGUUUGGGCGUGGAGCCUGUAGAUGGCGACGUGAUCCGGAAGCCCCCGCGGAACGUGCGGGACAGCAUCCUCACCCGCAACCUGAUCGUGAAGGUGCUGGUCUCGGCCUUCAUCAUCGUCUGCGGCACGCUCUUCGUCUUUUGGAGAGAGCUGCGGGACAAUGAGAUCACGCCACGCGACACCACCAUGACCUUCACCUGCUUCGUCUUCUUCGACAUGUUCAACGCCCUCAGCUCGCGCUCGCAGACGCGGAUGGUCCAUGAGAUGGGGCUGUGCAGUAACCGGACGUUCUGCUAUGCCGUGCUGGGCUCCAUUAUGGGUCAGCUGCUGGUCAUCUACUUCCCUCCCCUGCAGAGAGUCUUUCAGACGGAGAGCCUCAGCAUUUUAGACCUGCUGUUCCUGGUGGGACUGACCUCUUCGGUGUGCGUGGUCUCCGAGGUCAUAAAGAAGCUGGAGCGCUGGAGGGAGGGAGAGAAAGCCGAGGCUGCUGACACUUUCCACGACGUAUGACGCACGUUGCGUCCCGUGACGAGGGCGGCGGUGCAGGUUUGGGGGACUGUGUGAAGGGGCGGGGUUUUGGACAUGCACUGGCUGGGUCCACGUCUAAAGACUUCAGUACGGAGCAGAAGGAGAGGUCAGCGGUCGCCCCGACGGGCCUUUUUUGAGUCCACGUUCUGAGUUUCGGACUGUUCAGAGCGGACCUCAGUGCCGUGGGAGAACCUGCUGCCCCCUUCUGGCCUCCAGGUGAAACUGCACUGGCCUCGAAAACCAUCCUGUUUCCUGAAGAUGCUUUGGUGUGCUGCUUUAAGACUGUACUACUUUUCCAUAGCAUCUGGAUGAACCUUUAUUUAUCAGAUACUGUGGCUGUUGAUACAGUGGCUGUUGAUGUCUCUGUUUCAUGAUAUAUAUUUUUUAUUAUUAUUUGUUUUUUUUUUCUCUCUCUCUCUAUCUCUAUUUCUAUCUCUCUCUCCCUGAAGUGAGCACACUUUGCUGGUUGUAGUUUUGUGGAACAACAUGGGUACAAAUGCCUUUUUUGCAUUCCAGCAAAUCAUGCUUGAGUUAAUCUAUAAGUGUCAACACUUGGAGGAAAAAAAAAUAAUAACUCACCCUGCCAAACAAGAGCCAGAGUGUUUUUUUUAUAUUAUAAUUAUUAUUAUUAAUGUCUAAUACAGCUGACCACUUUUCUGCAGUGGGAAACGAUUAACACGCAACGGGCGUUUAGACAAUUUUAUAAGCAUCGUUAUGCACUGUUGUUCGAUUCACUGAAGAAAUGAACGCACCAAGGUUAAAAUUAUCAUUGAAGAUGAUGAACAAUCAUCUAAUCGCUAAUUCUAAAGGGUAAAGAUGCGUUUUAAAGUGGAAUUUCCACCACAUUUUCAAAAUUUCUGCAGAAUGUUUUGUCAUUCAGAGUGGUUUGUUGUGAAAUGCUCCAUUCUAGAGUCAGAAUUGUUCACGGUGGUGGUGAUAGGAAUCAGACGUCCACCUCUAAAAGCUCCCUCACAGAAAGGUAUUACAUAUAAAUGGUUGUGAAUUCACUGCCUGAUGCCUGACAUUAGAGAACGCUGAUGUCUCAGACAUUGUUUUACACUAGUUUUGAGAAUUUCGCCGUAAAGUAUAUUUAUAAAGUAUAAUUUUUGAAGCCCAUUCAUGCCAGAAAGAUACAUGCAGUGCUUUAUGAGGCAAAAUAGUCCCUAUUAGAAAACUAAUUUAUCAGCGCUUUCUCAUCGUCAGUGUUACAUAUGAAAGGCGUGUAGGUUCACUUGCCAUUUUGGGUAGUAAAUAGUGUCUAUAUUUGUGUUGUAGUCAUGGCGACCCCUGGUUCCUGUCACCACCACUGUAAAGACAUCUGAACCAUUUCACACCAAACCACUGAAUCACUCUGUUUACAUCUCACACAUUAGAGAAUGCUGAAAUUCUGUGAAAAUAGGUGGAGUUCCCCUUUAAAGUGUUACUUAUUAAGAAAUUUACCAUCAGGAUAAUAAUUAAGGGUACUACAUUGUUUGUUUUCAUCUGAAGGAUAUUUGGGCACUGUGGAAAACGCGUUCUUUUUUGCUUCUUUAUGCCGAAGCUGCGACUCUUUUUUGAGAAGUAUUUCUACUUUUGGGCCGUUGGAGUUGCCGUAGACAUGCAGUGUGUUCCUCGUAGUGGACGGGUAGCUUAUGCAGUACUGUUGGUUUACAUGUAGCUUCGCUGUAGAGAUCCUGAUUGGAGUUUUAGGGGGAGGUUAAAGUGGUGAUUCGUCACGAGUGUUGUAAAAGCAGCAUAACUGGGGCUGCACGAUAUGGACAGAAUCCCAUACAGCUGUUAUAUUGCAGUGUAUAGCUGUGGGAAUCGCAACGUAAUGUAAAAUGUAUUAAAAGCACGUUAGUGAAUCAAUAAUAUGAAUCAGUUUGCAUAUAUUGACCAAAAGAAGCUUUGGGUUGUACAAAUGCCUUAAUACAUCCAAAACAUCCACACACACUCGUCUGGUACGUGUUAGAAUCGAUCAGGAGCCAUAAAACCUUCACUGGUGUGUUCGAGGGCUUGUUUAUGUGCUGCAAGCCCUGCCGUGAUCGAUAUUUCAAAGGCCCAGUAUCGCGAUAAUGAGCAACAAAUGAUGUAUCGUGCAGCCCUGCAACACUUCUCUGCCUUUCUUCAUAUUGAGGAACGGCUCAAUACACUGAAAUUUCGCAGUACGUGUUUCUUUCCUCUUUAUAGCAGUAAGCGGUUCUCUGAGGCCACAUUUACUCUCGCGCACCAAUCACUGGGGAAAAUAAACAUGCUUUUAUUUUGGUAAGAUUUUCAUUUUCCAAAUGCAGGCCAGUCACAGUGUCCCUGUUAUGGAAAUAUCGAAUGAGGGGUGAUGGAAGGGUUUGGGUUUUUGAUUUCAUUUUUUUUUUUUAAUGCUUUUUAAUUUAUUUUGUGUUAUGCACAACAGAAGUCGGAAAUCUCGUUGCUAUUUCAGAAUACAGUUGUACAUUAAAAUUUCUACAGAUCUUUAAGAACA